UUUUUGUUUCCUUCAUCCUCGAAGUGUUGUAAAAGUCAAAGUCAGAAAAACAUCUGUGGUAUACGUGUUUUUCAGAUUGUUGAAUGUUUGUUGAUCGGUUUGCAGCAUCAUUACUUUUGAAGGAGAUAAAAGGAACUAUAAUGUACCGAUUAAGUCUAGUGUUAAUAUCGUUGAUGGUUGUGUUCUGCGGGCAAACAAUUGCUGAAUUCACGUUAGAAGACUGCCGGGAACUCGGGUUCCUUAAAUCCCAACUGUUCUGUUCAUCCUGCUCCAGCCUAGGCGAUUAUGGCCUUGAUGAGUUGAAAGACCACUGCCGCGAGUGCUGCCAAAAAGAUGCGGAUAACGACAGUAAACUGAAGGUCUAUCCGAAAGCGGUGCUGGAAGUGUGUACCUGUAAGUUUGGAGCCUACCCCCAGAUUCAGGCAUUCAUCAAGAGUGACCGUCCGUUGAAGUUCCCGAACUUGACUAUAAAAUACGUCCGUGGUUUGGAUCCAAUUGUAAAGCUAAUGGACGAAGCUGGCAAUGUGAAAGAGACACUUUCUAUCAACAAAUGGAACACCGAUACGGUGCAGGAGUUUUUCGAAACACGACUAACCAAAGUUACGGAUGACGAUGAUUAUCUUAGAACGAAUAGGGUGUAAUGUGAAAUUUGGUUGACAUAAAAAUUUUAAUUACAAUUUUUUAAUUGUUUUCAAGCUCAUUCAAAAUUCGACAAUUCAAAACGCAAAUACAGUAAUCGUUCGCUAACUGGUCUGUGUUUUAACUGGGCGAACGUUAACUGGUCCUUGGACCAGUUAAAAACUAUGGAUGGGUUAUACCUAUGAUAUAACCGCAAGGUUGACGUAGGACUGCCGUUGGCUUAGUAAUCAAUUGUAUUUCUUCAAUUAGCAAUAAUGUCACCUCGGAUGAUCCUCAUUGGGUACGAUAUCACCGCUGCGCAGUGCUAUCUUUUGUGUAUUGAUUAAAAUAGCGGAACAAUGAAACUAUUUAC